AUGGCUGCCCCCGCUGAUAUCACCAUCAAGAACCUCAGUGGAGAAUGGACGAUGGAUAAAACCAUCUCCAAUCCCACGGAACCAAUUCUGGCCCUGCAAGGAAUGGGCUUUUUGACCCGCAAAGCACUCAACCUCGCCACGAUCACAUUGCAUGUGCAUCAAUACCCCGACGCCGAGGACUCCAAGGUCCGGCACCUCGACAUUGACCAGAUCGUCACCGGUGGCAUCAAGGGCACCAGUGAGAGGCGUAUCACGGACUGGACCAAGCGGGAGCACGAGGACCACAUCUUCGGUAAGGUAGUGGGUCAAUCACGAUUCCUGCGCGGAAUCGCAGGGGCCGAUGGCAAAGUUCGGCCCAAUGUGGAUUUCCAGACUGAGACUACCGAUGAGAAGGUGAAGAAGUUCCUGCGGGGAGAGAUCCUCGUCGAUGGGAGUGAGACGGAGGGAUUCCUUGUCGAAGAGCAGGGCGAGGAGUACGGUGAGGGACAGGGUCUGUGGUUGCAGAAUUUUGUAAGGAAUGAGGAGAGCGGCUGGACUGCUGAGCAGAUUUGGGGCUUUGAGACGGUCAAUGGACAGCGGUACUAUACCCGUCGAGUAGUCGUGGCUAAGGGAGAUAAAGUCGAAAUGGCCCGAUUUGUUUAUACGUUCAUCAAGGCGAGGGAGUAA